GUUAUGAGAUGACGCAUGCGCAUUAGCGUCCAAAAUGUGGCAGCCCGUACUAGGUCGACCUUGCCAGCGCUUACAUCGGCUAUAUUUGAUUUCCAAAGCAGCAUGUGUCCAUAGCAGUAGCAGCGUGCUGACAGACAGCUGCUAUGAUGGGCUGUAUCCUGGACAUAUCCACACCACCCCCUUCCAGAAAGCCCUGCUGGCUGUUGGGUCAGGUGUGGCUGCACUACAAAACCCCUACAGACACGACAUGGUUGCAGUGCUCGGGGAGACGACAGGACACCUAGCGUUAAUAAAAAUCAGGGACAAGAUGAGAAACGACCCUGAAGGCCACACGAUCCUUACAGAAAGGCCCAGGAUCCGGCUGUCUACACUUGAUUUGAACGAGAUGGCCUCUCUGCCUGACGGCUCUUUUGGGAGAGAAUACCUUCGUUUUCUAGAGGACAAUCUCGUGACCCCUGACUCGAGGGCAGACGUGAGGUUUGUGGAUGAUGAGGAGCUAGCGUACGUCAUGCAGAGAUACAGAGAGGUCCAUGAUUUGCUCCACACCUUACUGGGCAUGCCCACCAACAUGCUGGGGGAAGUGGCGGUGAAAUGGUUCGAAGCUGCUCAGACGGGGCUACCCAUGUGUGCUCUUGGAGCUGUGUUGGGGCCUCUUCGGCUGAAUCCAAGCCGCUUACAGUCGCUGUUCACAUCCUUGGGUCCUUGGGCUCUGCAGAAUGGUCGUCGAGCUCGCUGUGUCCUCAGCAUCUUCUACGAGAGACGAUGGGCACAAAGCGUCGAAGACCUCCGACAAGAGCUCAACAUAGAGCCCCCGCCUGUCAUUCUCACUGCUACCAACAGUAAAAACAUCAGAGGAAGACAAAGAAAUCCGAGGAAUGAGGAAAUUGGCAAACGUUUAAAAUGUGAAUAAUUUGGAGUGAAGUACUUUCAGCUGAUCACAUGUUUGGUUCGACAAGUCAAGUUCACUCACCACCAGCUGUUGAGAAAGUGUACUUGUAUGAAUCAAUUAAAAAAUGAAGUAUGUCCGUUAUUAAAUACUGAACUAUACGAUACUUACCUGGUGUGAGUUUAAAAAUCAUUUAAUAAAAUUAUAAUUCAUAUUUGAAUUAUAAUUUUCAUGCUAAUAUUUGGCAAGUACAUUGGUAUUUCUUUUUCUGUUCUUCUCAUUUAAAACUGCUAACAAGUUAUGAAGAAUUUGUGUCAUUUAGUGUUGCUUAAAAAAGAACAUCAGUGCAGCUGCAUCUGUUAUCUCAUCACAAACUUGGUCAGGGUUAGGGUCUCCUUUUUACAGAAACAGUGACGUUAGCAGGUAGUCACAGUGUGUACUGCGUGGUAGGUGUAGAGAUAAAUCAGGUGAAAAACACAGUUUUUAAUAUUCUAGUUUAAAGCAUUUUCUUUGUGAGAAGCAAUUUCAAGUUUUGUUUAACUGUUAAAUCCACAGAUCAGAAAACAUGAAGAGAACCGUUUUAUUAAAUGAUGUUGCAUCAUACAUUUAGUUUAGUGUCGCUGUGAAAUUAAAUAUCUUGAUGCACACAUUCAAGCCAUCGUUGUAUAUAUGACAGUUAAAUGUGAAAGAUAAACCCCAAUGGUGAUACUUUUCCCUCCAAAUAAAGGAUUUGAAAAAAAACCUA